AUGGGAGGCGUUCGCACGAAAACGAUCAAGAAGGCGUCGCGUGUCAUCAUCGAGAAAUACUACACCCGCCUAGGCCGCGACUUCCACACCAACAAGAGGAUCUGUGAUGAAGUAGCCCUGAUCCCUUCAAAGAAGCUGCGCAACCGCAUCGCCGGAUUCAUCACUCACCUCAUGGCCCGCAUCGAGAGGGGACCAGUCCGCGGCAUUUCCAUCAAGCUCCAGGAGGAAGAACGUGAGAGGAGAGACAACUACAUGCCCGAGAUCUCCGUCGUGGACCCACGCGAAUUGACUUCGAUCAAGGUUGAUGCCGACACCGAGCGGAUGAUCAAGGAAAUGGAGCUGAACAUCCCCUGCCUUCAAGUCGAGGACGUCAAGAGCGGAGGUGUGCAAGGAGGCCGUCGCUAU